CAAUUAGGAGCAAUUUACCUGUUUUCCCAUGUUUUGCUGAAGAAUUAUAUGCAAUCAUCUAUUUAACAGAUGUUAUGUGGAUGUGUAGUGUUGAGGCAACUCAGUUGGCUUUAAGAAGUUCAUAAGGACAAACACAUGACUGUGUUUCAUGUUCUGAUCAGUGCCUCCCAUACAGGUAUCCUACAAACCAGCUCGUUAGUGUUCCUGAUCCAACUGUGUGAGUGUGUUAAUGUGUGAAUAUGUUGACGGGUAUUAACAGUUUCUCAACUUUCUCAAAUUUAACAGAAAAUGCUGUUGCGUGUCUCAUUUGGUGGAGUGCAGAAGUACAUAAAGAUGCUUGAACUGACGUUUGAUGAUUUCUUGAGAGAAGUGAGUUUGAAGUUCAACAUCCCCGAAGACAGAUGGUUGGACCUCAAAGUUUAUGACCAGUCUAACACAGAGGUAGACGCCGAAGUUUUUGAGGAGCUCGUAAAAGAGUUCCAUGGACCUUUCCUAGUUUCAUUGGCCAAUGAAGCACCUGGUAACCCUCAGUUCACAUCAUCUCCAGGGUCUACUGCAUCUGACGACACAGUGAUCCUCAACUUCUCCCUGCUUGAGCCAGCUGAGGAACCCCUUGAGCCAGCUGAGGAACCCCUUGAGCCAGCUGAGGAACCCGUUGCAGCCCAAGGCAGUCAACCUAAAAGGCCUUGCCGCAUCAACUAUGAAGCAAAAACUCUGAUUGAAAAAAUCCUGACUACAAAGCCUGGAGGUGACCGUAUCAUCGAGGAGUAUGCAAAAACAAAAUCAAUCACAGAUUCAACCAGAAGACGGCUCAUCAACAUACUUGCUGCAGAAAUGACGGAAACACAUGGGACCUCGCCGCCGCGGAGUGUGAAAGUGAUGUAUGCACAGGGGAUUAUCGCUCUGUUUCCAUAUCUUGAAGACCCAUACUCACAGAAUGGCUAUUUGGUGGGCCAGGCCAUGGACGUACUACACCCUUUACUGCCGAAGUCCUGACUGAUGAGGAAGUGGAAUCCGCUAUCGCUGUG